AAUGAGCAAACAUUUAGUGUUGCUCAGUAAUUGCUACAAAAUAGUCAUCCAAAGGCGGGUCUUUUCCCUAUUUCCCUCUCUAGGGUUUUAAAUAGGGUUUUCAAAUUUCUAAAACCCCCAAAUCCAACUCAAACACACCAGAUGCUGAAGCAAAAGCUACAACAAAACUCUUCUCCCCGACGAAAAUUUUGAAUCAAAAUCGCAAAUGUCGUUUGCAUUUUCAACUCCCCAACAGCAACCCCAGUCACUGUUUCAGUCUCAGCCACAGCUCUUUCAACAAAGCAGCCCUCUUUUCCAGCAACCGCAACAGCAACAGCAGCAGCAGCAGCAAUUCCUGCAGCAACAACAACAGCAACCGCAACAACAGCAGCAGCAGCAGCAGCAGCAAUUGUAUCUUUUCACUAAUGAGAAGGCUCCUGCGAAUUACAGCACCAAGUGGGCAGAUCUCCACCCCGAUUCCCAGAAACUUCUACUCCAGAUUGAGGAGCGGAUACUGGAAGACAGGGAUGAGAGCCAGAGGCUAGAUCAGUGUAGUCGCCUUUAUGAUUCCUCAAUAUCUAAUGAAGGGUUUGAAUUUGAUGCAGGUCGUGUAAUUCAGGAACUUGGUGGGAUCAGUACUGCCAUGGAAAGACAGAAGGCUUUACUACAGGAGCUUAUGGUCAAUGUUAAAGACAUGCUGAGGAACACAGAGAUGGCAGUACGUUCUUUUAUGAUUCUACGCCCUAGGUUCUUUCAUCCGAAUGCUGGAGGUGCUUCAAAUGCCACUUCACCAUCCCAGCCUUCUGGAGCUACAGGGACACCAGGGUCUAGUAGUCAACCAACAUCUGCCUCCAUUGUGCCAGUGUUUGAUUUCUACAGUGGUGUCCCUAAAAAACCAUCACCAUUUUUACAGCAAACAGUUAUCAGAUUUGAAAAAUAUUUGGGUGAAUGUCGCCAAUGGAUUGAAGAGUUAGAGCAACUUCUUCUCUUAGAUUCGGGCAGGAACUCUUCUCACCCUGGAUCCUCAUUAUUGCAGUCUCUUCCAAAAGUUAUGUCAAAUGUGCAUGACUUUUUUGUUCAUGUGGCUUCUAAGGUGGAGAGUAUUCAUCAAUAUAUUGAAUCUAUGAAAACUGCCUAUCUUGCUGAUCAACGCCGUCGAGGGGAUGUGAAUGAUCCAUUCCUUGAGGCUGAUCGACGGGAAACAGCAAAACAAGAAGCUGCUGCUAAGCGAGUACAUCCAACUUUGCAUUUGCCUGCAAGUUCACAGCCUUCAACACAAGUUGUUGGGUUGUUUGCAAGCUCUGCAACUCCUGGAGCAUCAACUGCUCCACAGACAUCUGCAGCAACAGUAUCAACCUCUUCAGGAAGUGGGUUCUCUCUUUUCAGCACACCUUCUGCUGCAGCUGCUUCCCCUUUUUCAUCAUCUUCUCUAUUUGCCACACCAGCAGCCUCUGCUCCAGUAUCCUCCUUGUGGUCUUCUGCCACGCCACAGUCUUCAUUGUUUGGUUCAUCAUCAGCAUCAUUUCUUGGUGCUGCUUCAACUCCCUCUCUGUUCAGUAGUGCUGCUACAGCUUUUGGUUCUACUGCUUCUGGUGGUGGUUCCCUAUUUAGUACACCGUUUGCAUCAGGCGCUGCAACAGGAUCUGGGGCUAGCUUCGGAACAUCAUCGAAACCAAGGCCAAAAACUCGAACUGCCCGGCGCUAGUCUCAUUGGGUUGAAGUGAUCAAAAUAUUACAGAUGACUGCAUAUUUGCCUAACAAUUUUCACAAAGAUCCUUAAAUUUCAUGUCAGCCUUGAUUUCUUUCCCCCAAUAUUGCCUUCUUUGCGGCUCCUUUUAAUCUGAAUACUCUCUCCGGGUCUAACAAAAAACAACUUCAUGGUUCAUAUGCUGCUGCAACAUAGCUUUCCAAAUCAGAGUCAUCCACUUGGGCCAUCAUAAAAGAGCUGCACGUUCUGUGUUCUUGUAACAUUGUACAACACAUUUUCAACGUUUGACGCUUUCAGAUAUAUGUCCGAAUAGAAAUCUAACAUGCUAAGACAUCAAACAUGUAGAAUUUUUACCAAUUGUUGCUUGGAUUUUGCUUCCCUUGACUGUAAGUUUGAUAAUGUACUUGCAGCAUUCAACUAUUGAGCUUCCCAUUUACUGAUAUUUUCA